CAUUACUUUUCUAUCGAUUUAUGAUAGACAUGUUUUUUGCCUGACGUUAUCUCGAACGCAGUUGCAUUUUACCAUGUGUUAUACGCCCUAUACAGAGUAAUUUAAAAAAUCUUGAUAUGAAAUAAAAAAUCGAUCGUACAUCUCUUGUGACAAAGAACAAUAAUAUGAUAUAUAUUUUAGAAAGAUAUGAAAUAUUCCUUUCCUUUAAUAAACGACACUGUUUCAAUAUUCAGCAAUGUAUGUAAAAACAAUAUAAAAAUAAAAAUUACGAGCCUAUAUUCGAGGAUCAUAUAAUGCACAAAGUACAGUUGAUCGUAUUUAAUCCGUUCGUUUAAGAACAAAGGUAUCUGAAGAAAUAUGGAUGAAAAAAAGGAUGUGUUCAGCAAAAACACAUAUUUUCACGUAAUUCGACAGACGUCGUUGUUGCACAUAUUUCGAUAGAACACAAAAGGAAUAUAACGACGAUCUAAUAUCGUAACGGAGAAACUAUGAUCAAAAGACAGGAUUAUACUUCGCAGAUCGAUUGAAUUAUUACAUCACAUAAAAUCAGGGAGCAUCGAGAAUAAUGGAGGUGCCGAACGAGAGUCGCCAAAUGAUCGGACGCGACUGAAAAAUACGUUCGGUGUGCAUUGAGUUUGAAAUGUAAAUAUAAGUGGACGGAACCGAACGGAUAAACGGUGAGAAGCAGGCAGAAAACUGAGGUAGCUUGGUGGAAGCUUCUACAAGGUGGACAAGAAAGCAACGACAAGGAAGAACGGCGGCGAUGGAUGUCGCGGUCGUUGACAUGGGAGCUGUUGUUGAUGUCAUUACGGCCCUGGAAAAGACGACGAUCACCAAAGAAGUGCUGGAGAUUACAAGGCUUGGUAAAUAUAUUAACGAACUACGAAGAAAGACGAAUAAUGAUGCCCUGGCCAAGCGUGCAAAAGAUUUGGUACGUCGUUGGAGAGAUAUGGUUUUACCAUCAGCUCAUUCAACCCCACAACCGACACCUGCUGAUACAGCACCACCUGCCCUUAAUGGAGCAAAACCUCAUAGUCCAGCCUUAAGAUGUUUCAAACCACAAAGUCCUGCUGUAAGAUGCUUGAAGCCUCAAAGUCCUCUAUUAAGGGAUGCUACUCCUUUAAGAGUUAUCAGCCCAGCUCUAUCUGUGCAUAGUGAUCAUUCACGGUCUCCUAAUGCAGCUUCAAAUAAGCAGUCAAUUACACUUACUAGCAACCACCGGAUAAGUUCGGAUGUACCUCCCACACAUGGCUCUUCGAGCCAGAAUCACUUGAUAGAAGCAGUGCCACGGACCCACAGUUCCAAUAAACGACUUCGAAAAGAUGUUUGUAAGGACCAACACAAUUAUCAAGAACAUGAAUCAGACUCGAUUACAGAAUGUGAGCCAUUUGUCAAAAGACAGCGUUUGAAUGGCGAAAACAUAAGUGGUAAUUUAAAUUCGCAAGUGCCUAGCCCCACAUUGAAAGAACGAAUUUCCCAUCAUUUUGUGGAGUCUUCCACUGAUCCUGAUGAUUCAGGUCCAAAAAAACGUGGUAGGAAAAAAGGCAGUAAGUCUGUAAAGAAACAACCAUACAUAGAGGACCGUGUUAAAGAAAAACUAGCCAGUAUUUCAAGAAAUCCUAAGUUAAAGACAACACAAGAACUGCUGGCUGAUUUACAAGCACGUGGCUCAAAUUCUAGCAUUAAUUCAAAUGCUCUACCUAGUCAAAGUGUAGAACCACCAAGUAUGGAAGAUGUUUUGAGGAGUAAUAAUGAACAAGUAUCCAAGUUCCUGCGUUGUACUCCAAACAAUACAUCUCGCAAAAGUACAGUUUCUGAAACUUCUUUACAAAAUCGGUUAAAAUCUACAGAAAACUGUUGUGAAAUAUCAUCCAAGUGUCAAGAAACAAGUGCAGUGUACGAAGAAAGUCCGCAAAGUACGCAAAACCAACCACAAUCACAUCAAGAUUUAUCGGUUGAGGAGAUACUGGCAAAGUUACCACCAUUAGAUCCAAGUUCGAUAGACUGGAGUGAUUGUGAAAUUGAACCCAAUGAAGAUCAAAAUGGUACAGUGUAUCCACCUCAAGAAGUUUCUGCAGAGGACCUUGAAAGAUUACAUACGCAGUGCGUAGAAGGACUCAAUGGAAAUUUCCAUCCAAAAUUAUUGUCUCUCACUAAUAACAAUGAAACGUCAGAAAAAGAGGAAGGAGUGUCAGAAUUGAAUGUAAUGAACAGUGAGCAUAGCCAAACUGGUGAAGAAUUUCGAGAAUGGCACCAGAUGCUGGCAAGGCCCAGUUGUGAUGGCCAAAUCCUCCACAUAUUGCCUUAUGUUAUUAUUGAUUAGUAAUUUUAUUAUUCUAUUCUAUUAUUAUUCUCUGCAAUUUGUGAGAAGAACCCUGCAAAAAUUAAAUCGAUUGAUCUAUGAUCAAUCUAUUAAAACAA